AUGAAGCGAAUUAUGGCCUUUCGUGAUCGACGAAACAUUAAAAUCCAUGGUGGACAUUUUAGAAUCGGUCGAAUAGCUUGUUCUUUGUGCGAUCAUUAUGUCAUGGGCAGUUCGUUGUAUGUGAUCGUUUUGGGCUUUAUAGGGACCGUAAUCACGACUCUUGAUAUAAUACGCACAAUAAAUUAUAAGAUUCCCAGAAUAUCAUCGCGGCACAGACAUAAUCAAGAAGUGCCUUUUACCGUCGAAAGAGACUUGAAGCUGAUGACGUCAAUACUGGGAAUCGAGCAUUAUACUUUAAUUAUGUUAGGCGCUAUCACGGAAUACCCUAUGCUACACACGCCCUGGUUGUUGAUGCAACUCUGCGUCAUCAUCGUAGAGAUCAUUAUCUUUCUCGUGAGAUUCUUUCUGGACGGUUUACAUAUAAAACGCAAUGAAAUAUUGCAAGCAAUAUUCACUUUGUAUAACUGGUUGCAAGUCUUCUGUCUCUUUUAUCGGCAAAUGCGACGAGUCAUGUAGUAACUUGCUCUAUUUUUUACAUUGAAUUAUAUUAUAUAAUUAUAUUAUAUAAUUAUUUUGAUACACAGGAUGGGAAUUAUAUAGCAAUGUAAUAUUUUUGUGCGUUCUUGGACAAUUUUUAUUUAAAUAAAUUUAAAUUUAGUUUUUAAAUAUGAAUUGAUUUAAUAUAUAUAUUCUCAAAUUUAAAAUACAAUAUUAAUUUAUAACA